AUGGUGGUGCCUUCCACGACGCCGGUGGUGGUGCGCCAAGAAACGCCGCCGCCGCCGCUGCCGCUGCCGCCGUCCCACGACGGCAUAAUAGGCAUACCGACGGUGGACAUGUCGGCGCCGGGCGGCCGCGGCGCGCUGUCGCGGCAGGUGGCGCGCGCGUGCGCGGAGCACGGCUUCUUCCGCGCCGUGAACCACGGCGUGGCGGUGGCGCCAGCGGCAGGCCCCGCCGCGCGGCUGGACGCCGCCGCCAGGACGUUCUUCGCGCUGCCGCCGCACGACAAGCAGCGCGCCGGCCCGCCCAGCCCGCUCGGCUACGGCUGCCGCACCAUCGGCUUCAACGGCGACGCCGGCGAGCUCGAGUACCUGCUGCUCCACGCCAACCCCGCCGCCGUCGCGCACAGGGCCAGGUCCAUCGACACUGACGACCCCUCGCGCUUCAGAUGCAUCCAUAGCAUCAAGCUACCGUCUUUUCAAGGCUGCAGCUUUUGA